AUGGCCGCUGGACCGUCGAGCGCGCGCAGCGCAAGCGCGAGCGAGGACGCGACGCCGUCCCCCGUCGAUGGGCCCGGCUCGUCGCUCGGAGGAGGCGGUCGAGAAGAUGCGGGAGAAGUGGGCAGCACGGGCGCGGCGGGCGCAGGGCGCAAGCAGGGGGCCAAGCGCGGUGCAGCAGGCGAGCAGAAGCUCGACAAGGACGGCAACCCCAAGAAGAAGCGCAAACAGCUCGUCGCGUGCGACUCGUGCCGGCUGAGGCGCGUCAAGUGCGACAAGGCCGACAAGGAGGGCGGCGACUGCAGCGAGUGCGCCCGCAAGGCCAUCCACUGCACCGACACGUACGUCAAAAACAAGCCCAAGGUCGUCCGAGGCGGCAAGCUCAUCAACCAGGCCAAGGCGCUGUACGGCGACAACGGCCAGUCGCCAGGCGUCACCUCGCCGCCGUCGCCCGUCAAGAACGAGUACGAGCUCCAGGAGGACCCGCGACGGUUGUCGGCCUCGACCGCCUCCAUCAACGCCACCUCGCCGUCUGCGCGCCUCGCGUCCCUGUCUCUCGGCCACGACCUGGGCGACCAUCUCGUCCGCGUCUUCUUCGACGUGUUCCAGCCUCAAUGUCCGCUCGUCGACACGAUGUUGUUCCUCCAGGCGUGGGAGAACGCCGGGCGCGUCACCGAGAACCUGAGCCCGGCCAACGAGUGCCUCGCCCUCGUCAUCCAGGCCUGGGCAGCUCGCCUCACCGACCACCCGGCGGCCAUCGGCAACGGCGCGCCCUCGCUGCAGGACCUGCGCAACGGCGCGAGGCGGGACUUUACGGCGGUCGGCAACCGGCGCGAGGAGUUUGCGAGGACGGCGAUGGAGCGGGCGAUGGUGGCAGUCGAUCAGCGAGGCGCGCUCCGGCUCAGCAGCGCGUCGUGCUGCGCCGCCCUCACCCUCCUCGAGUUCCUCAUUACCUGGGGUGACGCGCAGCGCGCGCACACGACCGGCCGGUACCUCCUCGCCGCCGCGAGCGAGCACUUGCGCAACCUUCAGCUCGACCAGUGCGACGACCCGACCGAGCGACCUCUGCGACCCGAGCAGGCGUCGAACGGCACGCUCCUCUGGAUGCUCUACACGCGCGACUCGCUCUCGUCCAUGUUCGGCGGUCGCUUCUGCUCCUUGACCGACGCCGACCUUACGGCCUUCUCGCCGCUCAUGACGGGCAGCAUCACGGCCGACGUCAUCCCCUACAUCACCUCGAGCGACCCGCUCCUCCUCUCGGGCCUCGCCGUCGCCAGCAUCUUCCGCUACCUCGUCUCGACCGUCCGCGACACUGUCAACCGCCUCACGAACCCGAUCGCUCGGCGACAGCGUGUGUCGGAGCAGAUGGUGCAGGAGCUGUGGGCCGCGAUCGACGAGGGCGGUCGGUACGGCUCGAUCUUUCGAGCGUCGGUGGAAAGGACGAGUUUCGGGCCCAACGCGCCCAACAUCGACGUGUGGUUCCGCGACAUCGUCGCCAUGCGCUCGCAGCACCUCCUCGGCAUCCACCUGUGCCUGUCGGACCGCCUGCGCGAGGAGGAGAUCAAGGCGGCGACGCAGCCUGCAGGCGAGGGCGAUGCCGCGUACCUCGACGUGCUGCGUCGGCUGCACCGCCAGUCGGACGAGCGCUUCUUCCGUGUCUCGAGGGAGUACUGCGACCUCUUGCAUCGUUACGGCGGCAACCUCCUGUUCUCGGCGUCGGUCACGGUCGAGUACUCGUCGCACUUCCUCAACCAGCUCAUCGACACGCCGGCGUGGGAGCAAGGCGGGCCGAACGACUAUCCGUGGACGGUCAAGGUCGAGGAGGUGACGCGCUGCUUGGAGGUCGUCCAGCUCGCCGGCUGGUCGUGGGGCGGGUUCGACGCCGUGUGCGACCGGGCUCGCCAAGCGCUGUCGCAGCAGGGCGCCCAGCUCCACCACCGCCCGCCUCCCGGCGCCCUCCUCCCGCCGAUCUCGACCUCGUACGCGCCCGGCGGCCUCGUCGCCAACGCGCCGCCGCCCUCGCACAGCGGCGCCGCCGACUGGCCGUCGAUGCACGCCCACGACGGCCACGGCCAAGGCCCGAGCCACGGCGGCGCCAUGUACGGCGCGCACAAGCUUCGCCCGCCGUCCUUCUCCAACUUCUCGCCCGUCAGCCCCAACGGCGCGCCGCCGACGCCGCAGAGCCUCCCGAGCGCGCACUCGGGCACCCACUCGGCGCACAUCUCGCCCGUCGGGACGGGCGCAGGCGGCAUGCUCGCGCCGCCGAUGCCGCUCCCGUCUCACGGCGCCGCGUUCGGUUCGCCCGGCGGGCACGGUGCGGCGGGCGACUUGCGCAGGAGGACGCUGCCGCCCAUCUCGACGUACCGCCUUUCGAGCGUCGACGAUCCCUCUUCGUCGACGGCGGCCAACUCGCAUUUCCUCCCUGCCCCUCACGCCUCGACCACCGGUGGACACUGA